GGCAGCACGCGCCCCCCGGAGGUCCCCCGCGCCCCCCGGAGAUCCCCCGCCUCCUUCCCUGGGCCGCCGCGGGCUCGGUGAGCUGUUUUUUCCCUCUGGCCGGCAGGCUGGGCGCGCAGGGGCGCGGGCCCCCGCCCGGCGCGCAGCGGCACCAUGGGCACGGUGCUGUCCCUGUCCCCCAGCUACCGCAAGGCCACGCUGUUUGAGGAUGGCGCGGCCACGGUGGGCCACUACACGGCCGUGCAGAACAGCAAGAACGCCAAGGACAAGAACCUGAAGCGGCACUCUAUCAUCUCCGUGCUGCCUUGGAAGAGGAUCGUGGCCGUGUCGGCCAAGAAAAAGAACUCCAAGAAGGUGCAGCCCAACAGCAGCUACCAGAACAACAUCACGCACCUCAACAAUGAGAACCUGAAGAAGUCGCUGUCGUGCGCCAACCUGUCCACGUUCGCCCAGCCCCCACCGGCCCAGCCGCCCGUCCCCCCUGCGAGCCAGCUCUCGGGCUCCCAAACCGGGGUCUCCUCCUCCGUCAAGAAGGCCCCACACCCUGCCGUCACCUCCGCCGGGACGCCGAAGCGAGUCAUCGUCCAGGCGUCCACCAGCGAGCUGCUGCGCUGCCUGGGCGAGUUUCUCUGCCGCCGGUGCUACCGCCUGAAGCACCUGUCCCCUACGGACCCUGUGCUCUGGCUGCGCAGCGUGGACCGCUCGCUGCUUCUGCAGGGCUGGCAGGACCAGGGCUUCAUCACACCGGCCAACGUGGUCUUCCUCUACAUGCUCUGUAGGGACGUGAUCUCCUCCGAGGUGGGCUCUGACCACGAGCUCCAGGCCGUGCUGCUGACCUGCCUGUACCUCUCCUAUUCCUAUAUGGGCAACGAGAUCUCCUACCCACUCAAGCCCUUCCUGGUGGAGAGCUGCAAGGAGGCCUUUUGGGACCGCUGCCUCUCCGUCAUCAACCUCAUGAGCUCCAAGAUGCUGCAGAUCAAUGCCGACCCACACUACUUCACACAGGUAUUCUCCGACCUGAAGAACGAGAGUGGCCAGGAGGACAAGAAGCGGCUUCUCCUAGGGCUGGAUCGGUGAGCCCUGUAGCCUGCAUCAUGGCUCAAGGAUUCAAUUCAUUUUUAAAAGUUUAUUAAACAAAUCAGAUUUUAUGUACAGUAUGUGUCUAUCAAAGCCACAAAGGGCCUCUCCCGGCCCCCCUUCUCUCCUUGGGGUUUUCUUCAGCCCUGCCUGGAACUUUGGGCGCUUUUGAACUCCUGAACCUUGUGCAAAACCCAGAAGACGUAUUCAGAGCCACCCAGACCCAUGCCCUCCCACUUUGGGGACUUCAAAGGACUGACCUGCCUCUGCCGCCUGUGCCCUUGCUGGACCAGGGCAGGUGAGGCUGUCUGCUGCUCGCUGCCUGGGAGCUGGAGAAAGGCCCUGGCCAGCUGGCCCAGGGAGGAAUUGGCACUUCUGGUUGGGGGCCCUUUUCUGGCCUCUGCUUGGGGUUGUCCAUUCUCCUAGAAGCUUCUGGAGCGGGCUGCCUUGACUGAGCUGCACGUCGGGUUGUGAGGCAAGAUGCUGCUUCAGUUGAGGAGAAGCCGGACGGAUGCAAAGAUUGUGUCCUGCUGUUUGGCCGCGCACAACCCUGGUUUGCUCUUUUUUCUUUUUUAGGGAGAAGGGCUUUCCUUUAGUGGAGACACAGAACUUACCCCCCAGUCCCCUUGUCCCCUGCCCCCAGCCGUGUUGGUAAUGUUGGUUAAUGAGCUGGUUUGACUCAUUAAGUUCUUUUAUUUUGGGUCUCAGCUAAAGAGGUGGGGUGAAGCUGGGGACAGCUCCCUUCCUUGGUGAAUUUUUCAUUUGAAUAAUGCAGCUUAGUCGCCCUGUGGCGAAGGCCAGGACAGCCGCAGGUGCCCAUUAUCAUCACCUGUCUUCUGGGCAGGUGGGGCUGCCACGCCUGGGAUGGAGCCAGUGCCCACCUAGGGGCCAAGGCCUGUCACUGGUGUACAUGACAUUUGUUCUGCAGAGCUGGGGGUGGGGCAUGGUAAUGAUGUACCCCCACCCCUACCCGUUAAUUUAAAGCUGUUUCCAAACAGUUCAGUUUCUUCUGAGGACGAAGCCUUGCCCUGCAAGGCCCAGUGAGACAGCUGGAUCCUGGGGACAAUUACAAGAUGGGAGUAGAACUCCUGAUUGCUUUGGAAGCCUGCUGAUUCUACAACUGAUCAUUUGCAGCUGCUGGUUUGGGUUUCCACUGUAGUGGCUGUAGAGACACAUGAUGUGUACUUAAUCAAUUUUCUUUCUAAUUCUCCUAGAUUGGUGGCUUGGGACUUGGGAGAGGACCAAGAGAAGGGGGCGAGUCUUCCUCCAUGGCCCAUCACUCCGGCUUUGGGGAACAAAGACCAGUGAUAAGGCUACAGAGAAUGCGCUCUUUCCAAUCCCCCAGGGAGUGCUGGAAUGAGGGGUUGGGGGGAGGCAGAGGGUCGUUUUACAUAGGAUUAGGUUCCAGGUGGCUGUUGAUUUCAGCACAAGCACUACUGAAAAUCACAUAAAAAGAAAGCUGUGGUGCUCGCUUCGGCAGCACAUAUACAAAAAAGAAAGCUGUGAAAUUGAGGUCCCAGUUUAAGAGGUCCGUGGUAUGCCUGGAUGUGAGGAAGAGGGCCUGCCCGUGCCUGAGAGCAUUUGCCCCAGCCGUGCCUCGAGGCCCACGUGCCAAGCCAUUCCUGGGACUGCCAGAUAAUCUGAUGCAGAGCUGGAAGGAACCUGCAGCUGCUGGCACAGACUUCACUGCAGCGCCUCUCCUCUGCUGGAGCUGUCACACGGCCUGUCUGUUUUGAUCCUUCUGCCACGUGUGACCUGAGGUAGGAAGCCCUCGGGGACAACGGGCCCUGGCGGCUCGGAAGAGGUUGGUUCGGGUGCCGAGUUUCAAGAGGAGGGGUGCGUGUUUGCAGACACUCGGUGGGCAGGACGAACUUGGCCUGAAACUGCGGUUAAGUCGCAUCCACAGGAUUCCAGUUUUGUGUGUUUCCUUCUCUUUCUCCAUAUUUAUUUUUUUAUUUUUUUGGAGGAGGUGCGAAUUUCAGGAGUGGUUGGGGACUAAGGAAGUAACUCUGGUUCCAUCAAUGUGAAGCCUGUCAUGUUCUCCUCCCUCCCCUUGUACUGGUCAUCAGUAUUGUGUAAAGGAACUGAUACACUUGAGUGUGCAAGCAAUGAACCCAUUUGACAUGCUGCUAUGAAGACUACUUUUAGAACAACAACAAAAAAGAAAAAAAACUAACCGAUAAAAAAAACCCUUUAUUCUUUAAUUGUUGCUUUUACAGUGAUAUUGUGCAUGCAAACCAGGAGCAUUUUGUGUCUUCAGAAAAAUAUUCUUAGAACAGAUGGCUGUGAAAAUUACACCCGUGCACAGAACAAGUCACAGGAAUAAUAGUUCAGGAUUUGGUUUUUCUCUUUCUUGUAAAGCUGGAGGGUUGAUAUAUUCUUUCCAUGCAGUUAUUAGAAUUUAGUUUUGUUCCAACAGUUGUUAAACUUGCAAUGAGAAGAAAAUGUGCCAUUUUUUUCACUCAGAAUUAUUCAUAGCUGUAUAUUUGAAACUGCUAAUUACACAAUGUGUGAUGUGUGUUGGUUUUUUAGUGCAAUUUCUUCUGUAGCUAUUCUUUGACCAAACUGUGGGUAUUGUUAAUAUUAAUUUAUAUUUGUCUCAUUUUGUAUGUAUGUGUAGUGUGUUUCUAAGUAUGUGUGGUUUAUAAUCUGACAAGGUCAUGAAGCUCAGUUUGGCUGUAAUUUAAUUCCCCUUCCCUUAUUUUUAUUUAUUUUUGUCCUGUGCUGAUUAAAUAAAAUGCACUGACCAUCCAUUACAUAGA